AUGGGAAAUAAACCUGAACACAUCAAAGCAAUUUUUAUACUGGGAAAUGACAAGAGUAAGGUCAAUCAGCGAGACAGAUUUGAUAAUGGUGAAGAUCUCAUUUGUCAAUUGGCUGAUGAACUAUAUCGAUGCUAUAAAAAAGAGGCGAAUGAUUUUUUUAUAUCUGGUGAUUUAUCGAUGGCAAAAUCAAAGGAAAACCAAGCUGAUCGAAUUUAUAGAGAAUUGAAAAGAAUACACGAAAGUUUUUUUGAAGAUGAUAAGAAUAUUAAAGGUUCCAUUUCUACUACAACAAAGCUUGUGUGGCUUAAAUCGAAAUUUCAAAAUGACACUGAAGUGAAACAAAUGGAAAGUCUGUUUUCUACAUUUGUUUCUUCAUUUCAAACAUUUGACAGUGAAGUUGACUGUCAAAAUUAUUUACUCGAAAGCAAAUCUAAUGAUGCCGUGUUUCUUAUUAUCAAUGCUGAUUACCGAUACUCACUUACUGAUGAGUUUCAACAGCUUUCAAAUGUCAAAUUUGUCUAUCUCUACGAAGAAUCAUCAUUGAAAAAUGACACUGUAAUUAGCAAUUAUAAUAAUCUUCGCUUUCGAUUAACAUAUGAUCUUAUCGGUUACUAUAAAAAAUUAGGUAACGAUUGUAGUGCCAAUCAAGAUGCGAAAACAGCUAAAGAUAUGGCUACAAAAGCACGUGAACUUUGCAAUAUUCUUGCUGAACUAUAA